AUGGCCACCGGAAGUGUAGUGCGUGUCCCACCCGAGGGUGGGUGGGGUUUGCUGGUGGGCGUCGGUAUGGCCAUGAUGUUCGUCGUGACGCUUGGUUCGCUGCCCUCGUUUGGGUUGAUGUUUGGUGAUUUUCUGACCGAACUGGGUGAAGAAACCGGUGCCAUUGCGCUCAUCACGAGUUGCUUCUUUAGUGCGCUCAGCUUUGCCGGGCUGUUCACCAACACGCUCAUGAAGAAGACAUCCUGCCGGACGGUUGGGUUGAUUGGGGCGGCUUUUUACAUCGCCGGGAGUAUGUUGACCGUGUUUGUGCGUUCUACCAACGAGCUGCUCAUCUCGUUCGCACUCUUCCAAGGUGCCGGCUUUGGGCUGAUGAUUCCCGUGUCCUACACGACGUUUAACGCGUACUUUGUGGAAAAACGCGUCGUGAUGAUGAGCGUUGCACAGACGCUGAUCGGGCUCGGUACCAUGUUCUAUCCGAUCUUCAUCCAGCGGUCGAUGGAUGCGUUUGGAUUUCGCGGAUGUAUGGCCGUGCUGGCGGCCGUUAACAGCCACACGCUUUUGGCAAUGCUCGUGAUGCAUCCGGUCGAAUGGCAUAUGCGGCUCGUUCCAUCUAGCCCCCUGCCAGAGCUUGCCCCGAUGGUGGAUGGAAAAGUGGCGGAAAAAACGAGCUCCGAGGAUGGAGAUGGUUUCGAGGAGUUGCCGGCCAGAGCGCGAGCCCUCAGCCAGCGAUCGGCGAAGCUGCGUGGCUCGAGACGAGCGUCAUCGAUACCGGGACUGGGUAAUUGGUCCGGUCCGGUCGUCGUGAGUGACAGCACGGAACGUGACAGCAAACCCGCCACCAAGUGGCAGAUUCUGGUGGAUUUUCUCGACCUCACGCUGCUCAAGGAUCCCGUCUACGUGAACAUCGUGCUCGGCAUCUCGUUCGCUCUCUACUCCGAUCUGGCGUUUUUCACGCUGCAACCGAUGUACCUUUUCAUGCUGGCGUUCAGCAAGGCGGACGUUUCGCUAAUCAUCGCCAUCGGUGCCGGAGCGGAUCUAAUAUCGCGCAUCUUUCUGGCCAUCUCGAGCACAUGCCUCAACAUUAGAGCCCGUUACGUCUAUCUGGCUGGGGCACUUUUUACCAUUGUGGCACGUUUCGGAUUUUUGUGCGUGUUCGAUUUCUACGGCAUGGCCAUCGUUACCGCCAUCAUGGGCUUCCUGCGUACCUGGAUCCACGUGCCGCUCCCGUUGGUUUUCUCCGAGUACCUGCCACAGGAUAGGUUUCCUUCCGGCUACGGAUUGUUUAUGUUCCUGCAGGGGAACAUCACAUUCGCGAUCGGCCCGAUAGUCGGGUACAUCCGUGACGUCACCGGAAGCUACACAGUCUCGUUCCACUGUCUCACGCUCGUGAUGGCGCUUUGUGUGGUGCCGUGGUUCUUCGAAAUUUGCUACUACCGGCUGAAGCGGAAAGCCCGCGAUGUGGAAGCCGCACACGGGCCAAUACCGGUGAUUUGCGAGACGAAGGAGUAGAGCUGCGUGCAAGCAGCCAGGUAUGCGCAGGUAACGCUAGAAAUAAACAUUCGU